GAAACUCCUUCUCAAAACAAAAAAAACAAACAAAAAAAAGACAGGAGGGUCAUAAGGGGAGGGUUGACUGUGUGUCCCUCCAGGUUGUACAGAGGGGAUUAGAAGUAAGUAGGUUAGAGGGGAGGUGGAGGGAGUGUGCUGGGGUGUGAGCUUUUAUGAUGCUGAAUGGAUCAUGAUAUGCUAAGGAUAGGAUAGCAUUGGGUUGUACACACAGGUGUAGGCAAUCCUGGUGGCUAGUAUGUAAAAGUGAAUGUCCUGACUCCCUUAGAGGGCACCUGCGGAGUGCCCUUGGAGGGACUAGUGCUGGAGAAAUUAAUAGGAGAGGGGACGGGCAUCCAUUAACCUUUUCUUGCCUGCAGCCUGUAGGUUCCAGCGUCAAAGCGAAUCAUGGGGUCCAGGGCUGAGCUGUGCACUCUCUUAGGCGGAUUCUCCUUCCUCCUGCUACUGAUAUCAGGCGAGGGGGCCAAGGGUGGAUCCCUCAGAGAGAGUCAGGGAGUCUGCUCCAAGCAGACACUGGUGGUCCCGCUCCGCUACAACGAGUCCUACAGCCAACCAGUGUACAAGCCCUACCUGACCUUGUGCGCUGGGAGGCGCAUCUGCAGCACUUACAGGACCACGUACCGCGUUAUGUGGCGGGAGGUGAGGCGGGAGGUUCAGCAGACCCACGCAGUGUGCUGCCAGGGCUGGAAGAAGCGGCACCCGGGGGCGCUCACCUGUGAAGCCAUCUGCGCCAAGCCUUGCCUGAACGGAGGCGUCUGCGUUAGGCCUGACCAGUGCGAGUGCGCCCCCGGCUGGGGAGGGAAGCACUGUCAUGUGGACGUGGAUGAAUGUAGGACCAGCAUCACCCUCUGCUCGCACCGUUGUUUUAAUACGGCAGGCAGCUUCACCUGCGGCUGCCCCCACGACCUAGUGCUAGGCCUGGACGGGCGCACCUGCACGGAGGGGUCCCCAGAGCCCCCAACCAGUGCCAGCAUACUCAGCGUGGCCGUUCGGGAGGCGGAAAAUGAUGAGCGCGCUCUGAAGCAGGAGAUUCGCGAGCUGCGAGGGCGCCUGGAGCGGCUGGAGCAGUGGGCCGGUCAGGCUGGGGCCUGGGUCCGCGCGGUUCUGCCCAUGCCGCCUGAAGAGCUGCAGCCAGAACAGGUGGCUGAGCUGUGGGGCCGGGGUGACCGGAUCGAAUCUCUCAGCGACCAGGUGCUGCUGCUGGAGGAGAGGCUGGGUGCCUGUGAGUCCUCACGCUCCUCCCGCCUUGACUUCUAUUCCCCAACUUUCCCCAAGACCCCUCCCCAUUCAGGCAUUCCCUCUUUUCUCCAAGCUCCUCUCCAACAUUCACUAUCCUCAUGCCUCUCCACUUCACCAUCGUUCUCUUCUGAAAUCCUGUCCCCAGCCCAAUAGUUUCACUUAUUGUUUGGUGAGAGUGGCAGUGUAGUCCACUCCAGGCUGACCACAGCCACUGUGUCUGCCAUGUCAUUAACCAGGCUCCUGUGAGGACAACAGCCUGGGCCUCGGUGUCAAUCAUCGAUAAGAAGCCUCUACAGCACCCCUGCCCCCUAAUUUAUACAGAAACCAGACCCACUAAUCCUCUGGGAUUGGCUGACUGUGAGCUGCAGACAAGGCUAUCAGCCACCAAAGAGCAAUGAACAAUGGAAACUUCAGAGAGCUGAAGAAAGGGGGAGCCUGUGUUCUUGGCCCAGCCCUGGGUCUUCUGGCUGGGGGCAGGUUGCCUGGGCAAGAACCGCUUCUUCAAUUCCUUAACAAAUGCAACCACCAAGCACCCAGAUCUCUCUCUCUCUCUUUAUUUUCAGUUUUUUGCUGUUAUCCAGAUAAUUAAUAAAAACCAACCACGCAAAA